AUGAAUGCAUGGAGCGGGGAAGGACUCGAGAACAACCAGAAUACACAACAUGCAAACAACAGUCUGCCAGACUUGUUGAGGGCAGGUCCACCCCAUGGAUAUACACCAAGUAGCUCGCAGGAAGCAUUGAGGCCCCAAGCAACUGGCACGAACCCGUUUCUGAACAAGCAAAGGACUGGAAGCUCAAAUGCUGGAUCAGCUACUGGGCACGAAAGCAGUGCCGAUGCUUGGGGAGAGUACGAUACGCCCGCUCCUCCUACAACUGCUCCACCACCGCCCCCAGUGCCUCAUGAUUCCAUCCCUCCCUCCGAACAAUUCGAACACCUCCCAGUCUCCGAACCCAGCACAAAUCCUUGGCAGCCGGCCCUAGAUAAACAAGCAACAGGCCAAGCACCACCACCAAUCCCGCCAAUGCAGAGGCAGGAUUCUGGAAACGAUGUUUGGUCUGGCCCUCCUGCUAGAGAGGCACCGCAGCUACCUCCAGUCGAUUCAUCACAACCCGUUCUCAUCAAUCUCGAAGAGCCUGAAUCUCCAGCUUGGGAUGAGGAUGAUGACGAGCCAGCUGUACAUGAAAUGCCAGCGGACAAUGUGGCAGAAAAUCAGCAAAUGCAUGAGGAUCAGCAUGCGUGGGACGACCAGACUGCGGGACAUCCUUUACAACAACAUCCAGUGACAACUAUACAGCACAUUCCACCAACACUAGUUGACGAUGACCCUAUACAACAAGGCGACGGCUGGAACAUGGUUGACCAUGACCCUUUAUCAAUUGGCUCUCAGCAGAAUGGGGUGAUUACAGGCUCUGGAGAGGAUAUUGCUACAUAUGCCGGCGGAGAACAGGAGUAUGCGCCACCACUUCCACCCAGGACUUCUCAAGAACACCCACCAGCUCAGCCUCCACGGCCAGUCGUUGAUACCGCACAUAACCGAAGUACUUCAUCAAUUACCAGUCCGACAGCAGCUGCUCGUAAGCAGAAGAAAGAAACGUACGAGAUUAAGAGGAUUACUUGGCACGAUGUUAGUGCUGCUGAAAAUCCCCGAGUCUCACCGAUAUUAGUGCAGAAUGCCAACGGUCCUUGUCCCCUCUUGGCCUUGGUCAACGCAUUGACACUUUCCACACCUGCACAUGUUGAGACAGCUUUGGUAGAGACAUUGAGAUCUCGUGAGCAAGUCAGUUUGGGGCUGCUCCUAGAUGCUGUAUUUGAUGAGCUUAUGUCUGGUCGACGAGGAGAUGCUGCACAGGAUUUACCCGAUGUUAGCGAUCUGUACUCAUUCCUCAUCACACUUCAUACCGGCAUGAAUGUCAAUCCGCGCUUCUUCCCUCCUCCUGCCACAAGGACGUCUGGUGAUAUUCGAAGGUCGAUGACACAUGUUCAUCCCAGCGAAAGGGAAGCAUUACUUCCUGGCACUUUUGAAGAAACAAGAGAGAUGAAGCUGUACAGCACCUUCUCUAUCCCGCUCAUUCACGGUUGGUUGCCAGAACGGGAUUCCUCAGCUUUUACUGCUCUUGAUCGAUCUGCAAAAUCAUAUGAGGAUGCUCAGAAUCUCAUGUUCCAUGAAGAAGAAUUGGAGGACAAACUUAUGCGAGAGGGACUUAGCUUCGAGGAGCAAGCUACUUUGGAAGACAUUGCCACUAUCAAAGCCUUUUUCGCUAGCAAUGCAACUCAACUGACUCCUUACGGACUGGACAGAAUUACCACUUCAGUAGGACCUGGUUCUGUAGCAAUUCUGUUCCGAAAUGAUCACUUUUCAACUUUAUAUCGUCAUCCAGAUACGUUGCAACUGCUCCAACUCGUCACAGAUAUGGGUUACGCAGGUCAUGAAGAGGUGGUUUGGGAAUCCUUGAUCGAUGUAAAUGGAGAAAAUGCAGAGUUCUUCUCGGGCGAUUUUAGACUUGUUGGUGGUGCUUCCUCAACAUCUCCUCCCGCUCCUACCCAGUCGAAUGAUGGCUGGACAACGGUGACCGGACGUCGAAAUCAAAAUCAACCAUCUCACGAACCUAACCUAAGCACUGCUGGCUUUGAUGAUAACAUUCCUACAACGCCUCGAUCUCCCAAUACGGAACAGGAAGAUCAUGAUCUUGCUUUAGCUCUUCAACUCCAAGAAGAGGAAGAAGAGCGUCAUCGAAGUGAAAUUGCGCGUCGGAGGAGAGAGACUGAGCUCAGUCAGCAAUACAUCGAACAGCAAGGCCAAGGGCAAAAUAUCCCCGUCUCUCAACGUGGAGGUUCUGCUCCACGUGGUCAAGGACGAGGACGAGGUCGCGGCAAUCCACCACCCCAGACCCCGCAAGAAGCUCGGCCAGCCAUCCCACCACGACGAAAUAAUCCAGGUGGCCAAGUCCUCAAUGCAGCUGGCCAGCCCGUCGACCCAGAAGCCGGCGUCGAUGCUCCUCCACCUAGCUACGAGCAAGCUGCGAAUCAAGCUGCAUACAAUCCACCUGUAGAUCACCCUGCUCAUCCGAGCGCAAGUCCGAAUGGAACCGCAAAUGGGAGAAGGAUGAGUGCCUAUACAGCCAACUCGCAGGGCGUGGCGAGCGGAUCGAGGAAUAACAGGAGGCAGACUGGGUCUGGGCCGACGCUCAUUGAGCAGAUUCCCGGGAGGAGAGCGACGAGCGGGAGUAUGGAGGCUGGGACGACGUCGAGGGACAAGGACUGUGUUGUUAUGUGA